UUCAAAUGACAUAUGUCACUAAGCCCAAUCAGGGAUUUGGCCGUUUCGAAAUACAUAUUUAUAAAUAUUAUUAACAUAAAAUAAGCAAAAUCAGUUGAAUUAUUAUUAUUUUUUUUUACUUUUUACGGAUCACGAUGAUUUUUAGACUCCGUACUACGGCAGCGACACUGCUCCUCAAACGAGGCACAUAUGCAAAAGAGUUGCGUCGCCAGGCGUCGUACGAGAUACAACAUCACCAGCACGACGUGCUCGUAAUCGGCGCGGGCGGGGCCGGGCUCAGAGCCUCGAUGGGGGCUGCCCAGGGCAACUUUAGCGUGGCCCUGGUAUCCAAGCUGUUCCCCACCAGGUCACACACCAUCGCGGCACAAGGCGGCAUGAACGCUUCUAUUGGUAGCAUGCACGAAGACAAAUGGCAGUGGCACUUCUAUGACACGGUCAAAGGCUCUGACUGGCUUGGAGACCAGGAUUCAAUACACGUGCUGACAAGAGAUGCCCCGCUCGUGGCGUUCGAACUCGAGAACAUGGGGAUGCCAUUCUCCCGGACCAAAGAAGGGAAAAUCUACCAGAGGUCCUUUGGAGGCGGCUCCACACACAACGGAACCCAAGUGGCCAAGCGAACCUGCGCUGUUGCCGACAGGACCGGCCACGCUUUGCUCCACACUCUGUACGGCUACUGCACUCAAUUCAAGAACAUUGAUUUCUUUUCCGAGUUCUUCGUGUUGGACGUCUUGGUGCAAGACGGUGAAGUGGUGGGAUGUCUGGCAAUGGACAUCGAUGAUAGCAGCCUACACAGGUUCCAAGCCAAGAACACAGUGAUAGCGACAGGCGGCUACCCACGCAUGUUCUUCUCGUGCACGGCGGCUCACACAUGCACCGGCGACGGUUGCGCGAUCGCCAGUCGCGCCGGCAUCCCCCUGCAGGACAUGGAGUUCAUACAGUUCCACCCCACAGGCAUGUACGGCUCCGGGUGCCUGAUGACGGAGGGGUGUCGCGGUGAAGGGGGCUUCCUGAUCAACAGCAACAACGAGAGGUUCAUGGAGAAAUACGCCCCUAAGGCCAAGGAGUUGGCCAGUAGGGAUGUGGUGUCCAGGGCGAUCGCCACGGAAAUUAGACAAGGUCGAGGAGUGGGUCCGAAAAAGGAUCACAUGUUCCUGCAGCUCCACCAUCUAGGCUCGAAGGUCAUCGACGAGCGACUGCCAGGCAUCUCCGAGACAGCGAUGCAUUUCACAGGGGUGGACGUCCACAAGGCGUCAGUUCCCAUCAUCCCUACCGUCCACUACACCAUGGGAGGCAUUCCCAUCAAUUACCGUGGACAGGUGAUAGUGCACAAGGACGGACAAGACACUCCCGUGCCCGGACUGUACGCAGCAGGGGAAGCCGUCAGCAACUGCCACGGCGCCAACAGACUCGGCGCCAACUCUAUCUUGGACAUCGUUGUCUUUGGCCGCGCGAUCGGUAACCACAUUAUCGAAAACUUCAAGCCUGGAGAGAAGCAACCUACCUUGAAAGACAAUCUCGUGGAUAAAACCCUGGACAAUUUCGAGAAGGUCAAGAAUGCCAACGGCUGCGCGCCCGUGCAUGAGCUCCGUAUGGCUAUGAGGAACACCAUGCAGAACAAAUGUGGGGUCUUCAGGGAGCAGAAACUACUAGACGAAGCUCACACGGAAAUCCAGAAGUGGUACCAGGCCUUCGACAAGAUCCGCACGAUGGACCGUAACGAGAACUGGAACAGUGACCUGGUUGAAGCUCUGGAACUCCAGAACAUGCUGCAACUGGCGGUCCAGGUGGUGGCUUGUGCCAGGAACAGAGUGGAGAGCAGAGGUGCUCACUUCAGGGACGAUUACCCUAAGCGCAUCGACGAAAUGGACUACUCCAAGUCUACUGAGGGACAAACCAAACUGCCCAUUGAGCAGCACUGGCGCAAGCACUCGUUGUCGAUGGUGGACCUGGCUACGGGUGCAGUGACCAUCACUUUCAGACCGGUCAUUGACAAGCCCCUAGACGACAGUGUCGCCACCGUCCCACCCGUGCCCAGAGUGUACUAAACUCUUGUGAUUUAUUAUACGGUUUUACUUUA